GAGCUCUUUUGCAGGUCUGCUUGUAAAUAAACAGCCAGUCGAGAUACAGUUUCACUUACGUUUCGAGUAUAAAAAAUACUCAAUAAAUAUCCGAGACAUGGCUAUAAUUCUGAUCCUGCUCUUACUGUCAAUCCCAGCAGUUACUUCAAAAGGUUCUCACUCUUUAAUGUUGCUUCUCACAUACAUUAAAGGAGAAACACCAUUUCCUGUAUUUAGUGUCAUAUUUGUGUUGGAUGACAUCACAGUGGGAUAUUAUAAUUCAGAAACAAAGAUCUACAUUGCAAGAGGAAAUACUACUGAUGAAGAUGAUGUAGUGGAUCCAAAUCACCUCAGUACUAUAAGUGACUAUGUGCGUGGCUAUUUAAUGAGAAGAUCAAAUCAUCUGAGACCUGCCAACAAUACAGAAAGUCAUGUAGUUUAUCAGGUGCUGGGUCUUUGUGAACAGAGAGAUGAUAAACCUACUCAAAUGAUUACCAAAAGUGCUUAUAGAGGCUCUACGACUGACGAACUGCGUUUUUUUGAUGGUAAAUUCACAUAUCAGGGUACUUUAAAUUACACUGCACAAGAAAUAAAACCCUAUUUAGAACUGUCCAUGUGGCGUCUUGAGACGGUAUACUACCCAGCCUGCAUAAAAACCCUGCAGAGUUACCUUAAAAAGAGAGGAACACAAGUAAAAAGAAAAGUGAAACCGCGAGUCAGACUCAUUCAGAAAUCAAACUCAGAUUCUGGAGGGUUUCGUGUGAGUUGUUUGGCGACAGGAUUUUACCCUCGUCACAUCAACCUGACCCUGUUCAGAGAUGGACAGCCUGUAUCUGAUCAUGAGAUCACUGGAGGAGAUCUGCUGCCCAAUGGUGACGGGACGUACCAGAUGAGGAAGAGUCUGGAGAUCAGUGCAGACAAACACAAAUACACCUGCUCUGCCACACACCUCAGUCUGGACAACAAACUGGACGUCACUUUGGAGUAUGAUCACGGGGAACCAUUUAAAUCAGUGAUUCCUUCAGUUCUGACGGUUGUAGCUCUGAUGGUGUUUGGAGUUGCAGUUGCUAUAACUUCAUGGAAAAGACGACGUGCAGAUUCAAUUAAAAGUGUCUAUUCUGCUGCUUCUAAAUAAUUUUCAUUUUCAGCAUCUGAAGAAAGUGUGGACACAACAUAGAAAUCGAUUUGAAUGCCAUGAUACAAAGUGGGAUAUUCCAAAAAACAUGUUACCUACACAAUUUUCCUCAUAAUUUAUUGGUUGAGACCUAAUUUGUUUGUUUGUAUAUAUCAUUCUUUAAUGUUGUACAUUUUUUGAUGUUAUAUAAAAAUUAAAUUGGCUUUCUACACUUUAAUACUGUACAAACCUAAUGAGCCAUAUUAAAUCAUAUUUGUGUCGCUGUACAUAUGCUGAAGAAAAUGUUUGAUAAUUUUCUGAAGACAGCUUAAUUCAUCAUUUGGGACAUAAAGAAGUAAGUUUAGUUGAUAGGUGGACUGAACUAAAGCUAUUUAAUGUAUCUAAACAAUGUAUGUAGUGAGAUCUGGUGGUCGGAUUGAGUAAUAAAGCAAAAUUAAGAAAUACAAAGUGUGGCUAUAGUAGUUUAGGUAGUAGGAACAUUCACAAAAGAUUAGAAGAGGAUGGAAAACAUGUUAAGAUACAUUACAUUUUUGGAAUUGGAGCCAAAUGGGCAUUAGGUCUAUAGUCCACUGUUCAUUGCAUUUUCAGUGCCACUUUGGCUCCAAACCUUUGAUUUAUAUUUUAUCCUUUCAAUCGAAUAUUUCAAUGCUUUAUUGUUGUCUGAAAUAAAAUCAGAAUGUCAGGAACAUCCAAAUAGUGUCCAAACAGACAAUAUAUUAAGCAUAGUUACUCCCUUUUUUUACCUGUUUAAAAACCUUCCCUAUUCUCAACCAGAAAAACAACAUUCCAACAGGGAGUGUUUACCCAUCUACUUUACUAAAAAUGUGAUGACAUUAUUAGGUCAAACAAAUCACCUUAACCAAUUCAGAAUCUGUGUUUGAUUUACAGAUGAUUUUUAUGGUCAUUUUAUCAAAAAUAUCUUAAUUUGUGUUCUGAAGAUGAACAAAGGUCUUACGGGUGUGGAAUGACAUGAGGGUGUGUAAUUAAUGACAGAAAAUGAAUUUUUGGGUGAACUAACCCUUAAACCAUUGCGUUCAUAUUCUGGGCUCAUCUCGCCUAAUACUCAAUAAGGUGUAUGCUGAAUUUGGUCUUUUAAUAUCACUGUAUUAGUACAUUAACCCCCAGUUUCACAGACAAAAUUUAAGCUAGUCCCAGACUAAAAUGCAUGUUUAAUCUGUUAAAGCAACAUGCACUGAUGAAUCUUAAAAUAUGUCAGUACAACUGCUUUGUCUCAAGAUGAACACCAGUAAUGUUUUUCAUUCCAAGGCACGUUUAUGAAAGCUACUUAAUUGAACUAAGGCUUAAUCCUGGCUUAAUCUAAACCCUGUCUGUGAAACCAGGCCUGGAUGUUUUGCCUGUCAGGUCUCAGUGCCAGUCACAUGACUGGAAACUAUGAAUUCAGAGCAGUGGCGGCUAGUGCAAAAAUGUUUUGGUG